UAGUGUAAUCUUGGUCGGUUAAUCGCUACUCUCCCAAGUUCUCGUUUUUGAUAAGACUCAAAUAAAGUUGGGCGAGAGCUUUCAGUUCACAUUUGAAACUUGUACAAUGACAAACAUUACUAUACGCGAAUUGAAGCCAGAAGACCUAGAUGAGUACUUUCGAUUUCUCACUAAAAACUUCUACUGCGAUGAACCACUUCAGCUGACACCCGGAGAUCAUAGCUUCGAACCGGAUACGCCGGAGAGACGUGCAUCUCGUCUAGCGGUAAUAAAACAAGGUCUCUCCUUAGUUGCUGUGGAUUCCAACGAUGGAGGUCGCAUAGUAGCCUCAGCUUACUCCGAAACCAAGGUUCCAGAUGAUUUGGAGAAAAAUUGGAGAGAAGUCAAUGAGAAAAAGCCUACGGAGUUCAUUGAACAUGUGGAUUUAUUUCUUGCUGUGUGGGAAAAACUGUACGCCAACAAGGAUUGGGACGUCGUCUUGUGUCUGCUGUAAUCGAACUGACUCGCUCCAAAGGAUUUCCCAUGAUUGCAGUCUCCUGCACGAGUUUGUAUUCAACUCGCAUCAUGUCAGCUCUGGGCAU